AUGACACCCGCCCUCCGUGACAGCCUCUCGAGCCCCCUAACCAUAUCCACAACCCACACCGCCGCCACCUUCCCGGUCACACCCCCCGUCCACCCGGACCUCUCCCGCCCCCGCCUCAAACAAAUCGCCCGCUGGAUCCGCGACGAACUCGACCUCCGCGUCGCCCGCGACGGCCCGGACGUCCUCCGCCCAGACGACGUGCUCACCCUGCACGAAACGCUCGUCGCCCUCCGCCAAGCGCAAAACAUCACCAUCUCCGUCCUCCGCGCAACCGGCAUCCACAAAGCCGUCCAAGACGUUGCGGGCGUGGCAACGCGGUGGCCGAGCAGGUUGUGCGACGACUGCGACAAGAUUGUAGACAGUUGGACGGCGAAGUUUGGGCCGUUUAGCGAGAUUCACCCGUUUUUGUAUGGGAGGGGGGGUCGGUUGGAGGGGAUUGCUAGUGUGAAUGAGUAUUCUAGGGAGGCGUUGCUUAAGCGCUGGGCGGAGACUUGUCCCGAGAAGAUUCAUCCGAAGAGGAGCCAUAAAUUGGGGGAUUUGGGGUUUGUGGCUGGGACGUGGUGGAUCAACCCUCUAUUCGCACACCAUGCUGGCAUCAUCGGGCUUGAGGCAUGCGAUGGCGGUACGACGUACGACAAACACGGUGCAUAUGCUCUUCUACUCAAGGAUACGGGCGAGAUUGAAGCUUCGUCCGAAGAACGCUUUACCUAUCGUGUUCCGCAGAAUGACAAGGGUAAGUUCCGUCUUACCUCUGCUACACCCAAGAGCCGAGAUCCUGUGAGGGUACUUCGCAGCCACAGCAUCAACAGCGUCUGGGGACCAAAAGCAGGUGUGAGAUACGAAGGCUUGUACAGCGUCCGAGGCUGGUCCAUCAAGCAAGCCAAAAGCAGUAACCUUGCUGGUGGGCAAUGGAAAGAAGGCGAUAUCCUAUUCGACGUCCUGUUUGAGAGGACCGACUCAGUGCCCAUGGCGGUAGUCACCAAGCGACCCACAGCAACCGAAGUCGAUGAUUACGCCGAGUACAAGCGUCUCCGCAAGGUGAACCGAGACGGUAAACGCAAGUCACACAGCACCCUUCCCGUAGGCGCCAACAAAAGCGAUUUCUCAACCCCGCUCAAGACAGCACCACCAGUCACACCGCACGUAGUCCCCAAACCCCUCCCAACAGAACCCCCACCGUUCGAACCCCGCAAAGGCAUAUUCAAGCACCUCCACUUCGACGAAGAAGCCCACGUCCACGUCCUCGACAAAGAAGACGUCAUAUCCCCCAAAUCCGUCCCCGAAGCCGACCCCCUCACCUCCACCGCUACAAUGAGCAAAAGCAACACGCUCCUCGUCCCAGCUAAACCCAGCCGCACAAACACUCACAGCAAAGCCGAUGUAUCCACAACAGGCGGCGAACCGCGCAGACACGCCAGUCCCGCGGGUUCAAACGCCAGCAGCGCUCAUACCCACGCCUCAGCUACCACUUUCCCCGGCAUCAACAUCCGCGAAGUCGCACCGUGGAUUGACUACGAUGCUGACUUGUCCUUACCUUCGCCUCCAGAGGACUCGACGAUUGUGCACCAGCGUCCUAUCAUCACUCAGUCUAUCGCUACUGAUUCUAUCAAAACGAGUAUUUCAAGGGAUACGUUUGGGGUGGGGAAGAAGGAUGGAGGCAAGAGGAAGAGUAUUCUUGUGAGGAAUCGGAAUCCGGUGGGGAGGUUGUUUGAUGGCGUUGUUGAGGAAGAAGAAGUGGAUGAGAAGGCAGGGAAGUGGAAUACUGUAACGACACCUCCUAUGUUCCACGACUUCGCCGACGUUACCUCCCUGGAGGACCCUUUCAUCGCGAAUCCUCCUCCACGCAUAUCACGACGACCCAGACGGCCCUACGCAUCAAGUCUGGAUCUCAUCUCGCGAUCUCGCAUCCUGACGCCUGUGGGCAGUCCUGUCUGUAUCCUCCAUCCUGAGCGCGUACGGGAAGUACAGAAGGAACUCGACGAGUCAAAGUCAGAAAUGGAGUUGAGAGCCAUAAUGAAGAAGGUGGAUGGUGUGGAGAUGGGUCGUUGGCGUUAUUUCUAG